CCACAUGGUUAGCAGAUGAACCGUAAGGCUCUCCAGAGGGUAGUGAGGUCUGCACAGCACAUCACCGGGGGCAAACUACCUGCCCUCCAGGACACCUACACCACCCGAUGUUACAGGAAGGCCAUAAAGAUCAUCAAGGACAACAACCACCCGAGCCACUGCCUGUUCACCCCGCCAUCAUCCAGAAGGCGAGAGGAAGAAGAAGAGCCAGCCAUAGAGGAGGAAGAGGAGACCAACGAGGAGUCAGGGGAAGAGCCACAGGAGGGAGAGGAGGAGCAUGCAGAUGAAGGGGAGGGGGCAGAGGAGGGAGAGGAGGAGCAUGCAGAUGAAGGGGAGGGGGCAGAGGAAGGAGAAGAGGAGGCCAAACCUAAAUUCAAGCCGUUCAUAAUGCCCAACCUGAUCCCACCUAAGAUCCCAGAUGGAGAGAAGGUAGAUUUUGAUGACAUCCACAGGAAGCGCAUGGAGAAGGACCUGAAUGAGCUGCAGACACUGAUCGAGGUUCACUUUGAAAGCAGGAAGAAGGAGGAGGAGGAGCUUAUCAACCUCACAGACAGGAUUGAGAAGCGGCGUUCUGAACGAUCAGAGCAGCAAAGGAUCCGCAGUGAACGAGAGAAAGAACGACAGAAGAGGUUGGAGGAUGAGAGGACUCGUAAAGAGGAGGAGGAGGCAAAGAGGAAAGCAGAUGAUGAUGCUAAGAAGAAGAAGACAUUGACUAGCCUACACUUUGGAGGCUACAUGCAGAAGAUGGAGGUCAGAGGGAAGAGACAGACAGAGAGAGAGAAGAAGAAGAAGAUUCUACAGGACAGACGGAAGUCUCUGGACAUCGAGAACAUGAGCCAGGACAAACUGAAAGACAAGGCCCAGGAGCUGUGGUUGUGGCAGCAGCAGCUGGAGGCGGAGAAGUUUGAUCUGCAGUAUCAGAUUAGCAGACAGAAGUAUGACAUCAACGUCCUCCGCAACAGAGUGUCAGACCACCAGAAGACCACCAAGAGAACCAAGAGAGGCCUGAGGAAGUAGAGAGAUAUUGAAGAGGGACUGAAGAGGGACUGAAGAGGGACUGAAGUAGUCUGAAGAGGGACUGAAGUAGACUGGCUGAGGGACUGAAGUAGACUGGCUGAGGGACUGAAGUAGACUGGCUGAGGGACUGAAGUAGACUGGCUGAGGGACUGAAGUAGACUGGCUGAGGGACUGAAGUAGACUGGCUGAGGGACUGAAGUAGACUGGCUGAGGGACUGAAGUAGACUGGCUGAGGGACUGAAGUAGACUGGCUGAGGGACUGAAGUAGACUGGCUGAGGGACUGAAGUAGACUGGCUGAGGGACUGAAGUAGACUGGCUGAGGGACUGAAGUAGACUGGCUGAGGGACUGAAGUAGUCUGAAGAGGGACUGAAGUAGACUGGCUGAGGCACUGAAGUAGACUGGCUGAGGGACUGAAGUAGACUGGCUGAGGGACUGAAGUAGACUGGCUGAGGGACUGAAGUAGACUGGCUGAGGGACUGAAGUAGACUGGCUGAGGAGAUCAGCUGUCUGGCCUAUUUGUCUACUGUCUGAUCUCUCUCCUUCUGACAUUUCUCCCUCCUUCCUACAUCUCUCCCUCCUUCCUACAUCUCUCCCUCCUUCCUACAUCUCUCCCUCCUUCCUACAUCUCUCCCUCCUUCCUACAUCUCUCUCCUUCCUACAUCUUUCUCUUCCCACAUCUCUCUCCUUCCUACAUAUCUCCCUCCCUCCUACAUCUCUCUCUCCUUCGUACAUCUCUCUCCUUCCUACAUCUCUCUCCUUCCUACAUCUCUCUCUCCUUCCUACAUCUCUCUCUUUCCUACAUCUCUCUCUCUUUCCUACAUCUCUCUCUCUUUCCUACAUCUCUCUCUCUUUCCUACAUCUCUCCCUCCCUCCUUCCUACAUCUCUCCCUCCCUCCUUCCUACAUCUCUCUCUCCUUCCUACAUCUCUCUCCUUCCUACAUCUCUCCCUCCCUCCUUCCUACAUCUCUCCCUCCCUCCUUCCUACAUCUCUCUCUCCUUCCUACAUCUCUCUCUCUUCCUACAACUGUCUCUUUCUCCCUGUCCCUCCCUCGUCUCCUUACCCUCUUCCUUCCUCUCCCAAACCUGGUUUGAUAUUUUCUAUUUCUUUCCCCAUAGUGUGUGGUGUAAAUAAAAUACUUCAUCUCA